GCAGAACAUGCCGGUAUGUUUACGUCACGUAGAGCGAUUUAAAUUUACAGCGCGAGUGGGAAAUUCGAAGUGAUCCAGCAGCAGUCGGGUUGGGAUUUGUGUUCUUUGGAGAAAACUAUGGUCCUUUAAACUGGAUCUCAAAACCAAGCGACGACAGCUUGUGAGGGAAAUAUCUGCUGACCCAGAAAAUGGCAACGGCAAGCAAGACCCCACCAGGUGCCGACCCCAAGCAGCUGGAGAGAACAGGAACAAUCCAGGAAAUCGGUUCCCAGGCCGUUUGGUCCUUAUCAUCAUGUAAACCAGGGUUUGGAGUUGAUAAGUUGCGCGAUGACAACCUGGAAACCUACUGGCAGUCAGACGGCUCUCAGCCUCACCUGGUCAAUAUCCAAUUCAGAGCAAAAACUACAGUAAACAUGCUAUGUAUGUAUGCAGACUUCAAAUCAGACGAGAGUUACACGCCAUGCAAGAUCUCUGUCAGAGUGGGGAAUAACUUUCACAAUCUUCAAGAGAUAAGGAAACUGGAGCUGGUAGAGCCCAGCGGGUGGAUACACAUUCCCCUGCUUGACAUCGUAAACAAUCCCAUUCAAACCUUCAUGAUCCAAAUUGCAUUACUGAGCAACCACCAGAAUGGCAAAGACACUCACAUGAGGCAGAUUAAAGUCUACACACCAGUGGAGGAGAGCUCGAUUGGGAAAUUCCGAAGGUGCACCACAUUAGACUUCAUGAUGUAUCGCACAAUCAGAUGACCGUCAUUGCACAAUAUUUUGUUGUGGUGAAAAUCUAAGAUUUGGUCCCCAAACACUACUUUUUUUUUUUUUUUUUGGUUCUGUUGACAAAGAACACUCGGAAUGAAUAAAGUUUAUAAAUUAUUGAGGUUCUUUUUUUUAGGGUGUAAUGUAUACAUUUUUAAACCAUGCUGAGGUUUAUACUAAUAAAGUGCCUUGAGUUAUGAAGAGCGGUGAAGAGCUUUUGUAGUUUCUUGUGUAUUUUGAAUGCAAACUCUCAAUACAUUUUUUUUUUUCAUUUAAAUGACCAAUGCUGUAACACAGUACUAGCAUAUAAACAAGGCAAAAACAUGUGUAAUACAUUUUUUAUGG